UGAGGUUAUUUUUUGAUUAAUAAGGAAAGAAGAAAGAAUAGAAUACUGAGUUGCAUCAUUUACAAUUUCUCUGUUUUUGGCCUCCAAAAAUUCCAAAGAGCACUUUGCGAUAACAGUUUCUUUGAUUUUGGGAUACAAAGAGAAAAUAACAAAAAGUUUAGUUGACCAAAUCCGAAAUAUAAGAAAGAUCGUGUUUUUCGUUUAUCCCCGUGAUCUUAUUGAGAUCUCCCUCCUCAUUUCUAAAUUCCAUCUCCACUCUCUUCGUUUUGCGCGAUAGUUUCUCGACACUUGUGUGAGAGAAGAAGAAGAAGACGAAGAAGAGGGCAAUGAGCGGCGGAGGCGAAUCAGCGGCGACGCGGUGCAGCACGUGCGUGGUGGGGACGCCGGUGGAGCCCAGGGCGCAUCCUGCAAACCAGCACGCCGCCACCUGGAUCGCCGGCGAGGCUCGCCUAGCGAGCUUUCCCUCCAGCUACUUGAAUGCCACCCCAAGUGGCUCGGCCUCUGGCUCUGGCAUUGGGGCGGCGAGGACCCGUCUGUCUGGCAGAAGUCCGACAAACAAGAUAUGCGACGUGCUGGACAGGUGUGGGAAGAGGUUUGAAGAUGCUAUGCGAAAAGCAGAGGCACUCGCAGACAAUGUCUGGCCUCUCUGCGAGUUUUCUCUACAUUUUGUCUCGCUGAACAUGUCUGUAUAAUCAGAUAGAAACAUUUUGGAUUUAGUCGUGGAGACUCAUCUGAUUAGUGAUUGCUUGCAUAUAUAUCUUCUCUGUUUCUGCAAUCUAUGUAAAUGCUAUUGGAGUAAUCAUUCAGUCCAAGCGGUUUGGCUCUUUGUUCUUAAUUGACUUCGUUUGUUCGGCACGGCGGCCUCACAACAUUCCGGUCCCGUGGUUUUGGAAAUCAGUUCAAACGAUCAGCCAUCGGCUUCUUGUGCAAUUAGCACCUAGGAACUAAGAUACUCGCUUUAUAAUCGGUGCAUUUAAUUCGCCAAUUAGCUGUUGAGUGGAUCAAGUCCAUUGAUUAUUUAUCUA